CGAUACUUGCGGGAAAACUGAAGCGGAUGAUUUUCAUGUUGGAAGCUCGGAACUUCUUUAAAAAUCACCAUGAAAACCCCAAAAGCCUCAGAUGUCAAGAAAGGGAUUUCAGUACUUUGGGAGACUCUGCAGUGUCCCAUAUGCUUAGAUUUAAUGACUGCUCCGGUAUCUACUAAGUGUGACCAUCAAUUCUGCAAAUUUUGCAUGAUGAAACUUUUGGACAAAUCAAAACAAAAUAAAGCAAACUGUCCUGUGUGUAAAACCAAGGUCACCAAAAGGAGCUUACAGGAGAGCCCUGGCUUUCAGAGACUUGUAGCUGGUUUGCAGGACAUGAUACAUGCAUAUGAGCACGACACUGGCACAAACUAUUUCACUGGAACAUCCCAGCAACGGCGAUAUGCAGGUGUCACAGGUGCUGAAACUACUGAAGAUGCGCAUAAUAUAUCAUCUGGAGAUACACGUGGCACUGACCUUGAUUAUGUGGAGAAUGCAGACUGCGGUGGUCUUCCACAAUCCCACUCCUCAACUAUAGCAGCCCAGAAUGGAUUUGCAAGACUCAUGGGACUUGAAGACUCAACUCCUUUGAUGACAGAAAAUGAAGCUCUGGAUAGCGGGCUUGGUGACGCACCACCAUCUGAAAAGAAAAUGUCCAGUUCUACAGAUAAUGUGGAACCAGUACAAGUGGAAGCGUCAGACGUUGUGGAAAAGGCUAUUAAAACGCGUAAAACUAGGGGCAAAAGGAGACUGGAGAAUGCCUCCCUUUGUCCAUCAUUAAUUCCGGAAGAAAACGAACACCAACCACUAAGAAAGUCCUCAAGGAAGAAGCGGGAAAAGGAUGCGGACCCCGACAAGAUUCUUGAUCAGAAACGGAAGAAAAGUUUAGAGAAAGUUGCUGAGUGGCUCAUGAAAGUUCCAGCUGAUGGAAGCCUUGAGUUAGAAAAACCGGAUGUAAACUCUGAUGACUCUGACAGUUCCUCCACUUCAACAAUAGAUAUCAAGCAAUGCAACAGUGAAAUGAAUCCAAAGAGAGAAGAUCGUGCUAAAGCCCUUGAAGAGCAGGUGUUCGGGGCUGUGUACAAACGAAGAGUGAACAGGAACGUCUCUCCCCCGCGUGACGUUUUUGCAGAACCACCAACAGCUGAAGAAACAUCGACGCAUGAAGAUACCUCUGCUGUAAGGGAAGGAAACGGUCUCACUUCUCUUGUAAAAAUAAAUGAAAGCAACAUGGAGGAAGAGGAGCAAAUGACAGAAGAAAUAAAUGAUGCCAGCAGUGACAUUUUUAAAUCAGCAGAAAAGACGGAGGUCAGAGCAGCAAAUGAUACAGACACGCAUGUGGGCGAGUUAAACAACUUUUCAGUUGAGAAAAACAAAGGCAGAGAUGAAGUUCCCAGUGUUGUGUCUGAUAUUUUAGAACAGCAACCAGCGGCAAAGACGAGGAAAAGGAUGUGCAACGUUCUGCAACAGGUAGACAGCGACUUACAAGAGCAAACUCAGGCAAAAUCAGAGGGUAUUGAGCAAAAGAAAACUGACAAAAGGAAAGGGAGAAACACAAGAUCCGAAAAGGGCAAGCCUGCCAGAGUGCCAAAACCCCUUGUUCUGGUUGGAGUUCAAAAUGGAGAAACGAGCCAUGUUAUUAGAACAAGAGCAAAAGAAGUUCAAAUUCAAAUUGAGAAUUACCCUAGCAGCGAGGACCAAGAAACUCCUGUCAGUAAGAGCACUAGGGGAAGCAGAAGACUUAAGCUCUUUGCUGAAGAAGUCCAGGAGGGUUGUAAGAGGGCAAGCGUGAAAGCUAGAGUACCUGAAAAAAACAACAGCAUUGCAAAGCAGUCGGAACAUGCUAAUAAUGGUGAAGCACUGGAUGAUGCAAAACAUGACAAUAACAUGACAAAGGUAGCUAAAAGAAAUGGAUGUGUUUAUGAUCAAGACAUAGGAGGAAUUGAAAAUGUGGAGUCUGCUGAGAGAACAUCUAAUCUGAGACCAACAGAAGCUGGUAAAGAGUCCGUUGCGGAAAACCCAAAUGCUGCUUCAGGCUCUAUUCAGCUAUCUGACGCAACACUUGAAAGUGACAAGCAAAACUAUAUUCAGCUGGAAACCUCAGUUUGUGAAACUAAAUGUGCUGAAACAGAAAAUGAGGAGGACAAGAAUGAUAGUGAGCUCGAUACAGAGCAACUUCUCAAGAGCUUCAAAGCGACUAAAAGGAGAUCUUUCCAUCUUGGCAGUCCAGAUGUGAAAAGGAGCCGUGGUUCAGACAAAGAAUCCAUAAAAGAACCAGAGGAGAACCAUGCUGGUUGUUCUGGUGUUAAAUCUGCAGAAAAGGCUUUAGGAGACACGGACAAGUCAUCUUGUGAUUUGAUCUCCCCUUCCAAUUCGCCCAUCCGCCCGAGAAUAACUGUUUCUGAGAAACCAGAUCGAGCAGUGGUGGAAGCCUUGAUCCCUGAAAGUAGUUGUUCAGGUGAGGACGCGUGUCAUUUCAGGAGUAGUCCUAGCAGUGCUCUCAGUCCUAACAAAGAGUCAAAACGUGAAGUGGAAAGUCCACCUCUUUCUGUUGUCCCUCAAGUCGUAGAUUCUGGUCUGCGCUUCACAGUCGUUGAACAUGAGGAGCUAAAGGAAGGCUCUCAAAUCACAGAGAGUCGGGCUGACUGCAAAAAAGUGAAGGGAAUAGAUGAUGCAGCAGCCACUUUACAAUAUACCUCAGUCAACACAGCUGAACAUAUCGCAGUUGCAGAGUCUUCUUUGACCCCCGAUGACCUGGUAGCUUCACCCAUCCAAACUUUCAAUAAAUCAGAGACCAACAGCAAUGACAGUAGAGAGGUCAGUAUCAAUUCCUCCAUCAAGAGCAACCCAAAGAGGAAGAGAAGGGCUCAGAGGCUGGAGCCUUCAUCCGAGUCCGACAGCAGUGGAUCCAAAGAAGAAUUACCCACUUUGACACAAAUUUUUGGAACAUCAGCUCGGCCCUCUGUUGUGAAUCCGAAUCGGAGCGACUCCAGUGAAGAUAACAGAUGUGAAGGUACAGCUGAUGCAGCAGAACAGUUCAUCCGCCCACCUGUGUGCUCCAGUCCUGACUGCAUUAAUUCCAGCCAAGCAUCUGUGGACUUGUUCGGCACACCAGAUGAAUGUGAGAUUCCAGUAAAUGACAUCGUAGAAUCAUCACAGUUUUCAAGCGAAGUCCUUGUUACACAGCAAAAGAUAGAAAUGCAGAAGGAGCUGGUGAGGCUGGAGAAGCUGAUGGCCCUGGUGUCAGAGGUGCUUCAUGAAAAAGAGGGCAGUCCUUCGAAAGAAGUCCCCUCGGAAACACAGCGGAGCACCAGUGAGAUGGGCCCAGACCUUCACAGACAGCUUCUUUGUGAUGAGGACAUAGGGCUAGGCUCAGACAGGAAAGAUGUUGCAGAAGCACGACCAGACCUAAACCCAUGUGAUCUCAAAGGUGUCCCUGAACCCAACCUCUUAAAGCCUGAGGGUGCUACACAGAUGGCAGUGCAACAGCAUAAAGUGCAAGGUGUAAAAGGCACUGGAGCCUCCAAAACACCUUCAGCUUCAGAAGCUAAGAUGCAAAAGGACUGCAGUUCACUGUCCAGUGGGCAGGAAGACAAAGAAAAUAACAGCCCGCCAAAAGAUGCACGCAAAGCUAAGCUUGUGCUUGUGUCGUCUGGAUUGGACCCCAGUGAGCAGAUUAUGGUGAAAAAGUUUGCCAAGAGAGUUGGUGCCCGUGUGGUUUCCCAGGUAACACCAGAAGUGACUCAUGUCAUCAUGCGCACAGAUGAACAACUGGUAUGUGAGCGCACACUGAAAUACUUCCUGGGAAUUGCAGGCAGGAAGUGGGUGGUGAGCUUCCAGUGGAUUUCUGAGUGCUUCAAACAAAAGAAACUCUUAGAUGAGAGUCCAUUUGAGGUGAGAGGGGAUGUGGUGAAUGGGCCCAACCACCAGGGCCCCUCAAGAGCUCGGACCACUGAAGACCCUAAUCUGCUCAUGAAGGGCUUCAGGAUCUGUUUCCAGGGGCCUUUUACAGACAUGACUACAGAUGAAAUGGAGUUUAUGGUGGAGCUCUGUGGAGCUGCUGUAGUAAAAGAUCCAAUUCUCCUCGAUGGUAAACAGAAGUCCCGUCAGCUCAUCAUUGUACAGCCUAAACCAGAGUCAUUGUCUUCAAUAUACAGCAGUCUUUCCAAACAAGCUACAGUUGUGACCCGUGGUUGGUUGUUGGAUACAGUAGCAACUUACACCCUCCAAAACUACAGCAGCUACAGAACGUGACCUGAGGAACCAAUAGAACCUCCCACAGCUUCACAAUGACCUCUUUUGGGACAUUUUGCUAUUCCUAUUUUUUAACAUUCACCUGUUAUCCAUAUUUCUGUGUGUGUUUAUGGUUUGAUGUAUAUAAAGUUUGCUCACCAAAAGAUGAAUUGAGUUUUCCUUUUGGUUGUUUUAUAGCACAAAUAUCAGUGCUGCCUAUGAUGACUAUAUAGUACCUGUAGAGGAUCUAAAUACACAGACAUGAUGUGAAUCAUGGCAUAAUUUGUUGACUGACCAUAAGCAUUAUAUUAGAAGUUUUACUGCUAUCUGUGAGUGUAUUAGGGGAGUGGUUGUACAUGUAUGUAAGUUAAGGUGAUUUUAAGAUCUGAGGCUUAUGCUAAGAAAGUGCUUCAGUUAGCAGGCUUCCUCACCACACCGUCUUACUUGCAGUUGCAGAAAAGAACCAUUUACAGUGUUUACCAUGUUUCCUGAUAGGUCUUGUGCUUUGUUAUAAGCUCUUUCUUAUCCCUGUUCUCCAGUGUUCCCACUGCUGUUCAAUGGUUGCAGAUCCCAUGGUGUAUGCCAGCUUUCUGAUGAUGCCAGAAAUUCUUUCAUUUUCCCGGAGAUGGUUUGCAAAAUGCAGCAUGUUCUGCAUUAUUGAAGAGUGUGGGAAUAAAAUAGGACGAAAGAUUUACUCUGCUGGGCCAGAUAAGGGCAGAAAAUUACUUUUUUUUUUUUUUUUUUUUUAAAUAAAAAAAUUUUUAAUCUUACCAACAGUCUGAAAUAUUUAGUUUGCUGCUCCAAAUGGAUAACAAGUAAUUUUCCCUGUAAAAAGACUAAAGUUAUAACAUUCGCAACCUUACAAUGAUCUGAAAAAGCACUUAAGCAGAUUUGUCUGCUUUGCGUAACUGAUUUUCACUCCUGUAGUGUCAGUGUUUCCUGAAGGAAGGUAGAUGCUCCAGCUUGGCUUAUUAACAACAAGGGCUCAAACAGACAAACUAAAUUUUGUUGCUGUAGUAAAUAAAACGUUUGACACACUUAUGUUCUUUCCAGUUCAUUUGCUAUUGUACAUAUACAUCAUUGUAGUAC